UAUUGCCAGACCCUUUGCCGGUGUCGUUGGGCUUCACAAGCUGCAUCCAACCAUCAGAUGCAGCAUCACAGCGACAUGGCAGCCCAGAUUACUUCUACACUGGAGGCAGUCACGGCAAGGCUUCUCUGGUGGGCGCAGCCAUGGACAGCCCAUUUGUCCCGCCUGGCGGUGCUGCGCAUCCUCGCGCGUAUCACGACUGGAAGCCUACUUGUCAUCGAUGAGAGUCGCGCCACCAAGCACGUCUUCGGUCACAGCCCGUUGACUGGUGAGGACCACGAGGCUGCCGGCGGCGCAAGCGUUCCUCCCUCACUCCAUGUUGAGCUGGUUGUCAAAAGCGAGGCUUUUUGGUCCAGACUACUCUUCCUUGCCGACAUUGGCUUUGCUGAAUGCUACAUGCUGGGUGACGUUGAAUGCAAUGAUUUGACUGCCUUCUUUCAGCUUUUCAUCAGCAACAGAGCAGAGCUUGGCAACGGCGAAACCGUCUUCUCCAUGUUGCCGUCGGCCAUCGCCACGAUAGGGCGGCCGACCAACUCACGUGCCACUUCACUGCUCAAUACGGCCGCUCACUAUGAUAUAAGCAACGACAUGUUCGCCGCUUUCCUUUCCAAGGACAUGACGUACUCUUGUCCUAUCUGGCGAACUGCCCCCGCUAGAGAGCCGAGAGGAGAGGUGGAAAGCUUACAGGAUGCACAACAUCGGAAGCUUCAACGCUUCAUCCAGGGAGCAAGAAUAGCGGCAUCGGACCAUGUUCUCGAGAUUGGAACUGGCUGGGGCUCCUUUGCGAUUGAGGCGGUGAAGCAGACCGGCUGUCGUAUCACAUCCAUAACCUUGUCUCGGAGGCAGAAAGAGCUGGCCGAAAGGAGGGUCAAGCUAGCCGGCCUGGCUCAUCGCAUUGAGGUCAAGUUCAUGGACUACCGUGAUCUACCAACGCCAGAAAAACCAUUUGAUAAGAUCAUUUCCAUAGAAAUGAUAGAGGCGGUGGGGAAAGCUCACCUGGCGGAAUACUUCGCGGCCAUUCAUACGCUGCUGAACCCAGACACGGGCAUUGCCAUGUUCCAAUGCAUUACUAUACCAGAGGCUUUGCACGCCGCCGGCGAUGGUAAAUCCGGGUAGGACACUUCAAUCGUAGUCAUGUUACUUCGUUCACGCUCCUGUACUAACCUCACAAUCUUGCAGCUUCAUUGAUCGGUACAUCUUUCCCGGUGGGUACUUGCCGUCUACGACGGAGUUGGUCAAUCACAUUACUAUGCAAUCCAAAGGGACAUUGGUUGUUGAAUCUAUCGAGAACAUCGGAGCUCAUUACGCCAGAGCACUGCGCCUGUGGAGAGAAAAGUUUAUCACGGAAUUUGACAGCACCAUUUCGCCCACCAUGCAGCAUCACCGUUCAUCACCCACAUCUCAUGAGGCCAGUGAGGUAUUUCGCAGGAAAUGGGAAUACUACUUUUCGUAUUGCGAAGCCGGCUUUUUAACUAGAACUCUGGGCGACGUGAUCAUAACGGUGGGUAGAGUCGGGGCUAUGGAGCUUGCGGAAGGAAUACCGCUAUAGAUUGUUGUGCCGCGCUGCCUGGCUUGCGGUUCAAGUACACGAUUUGAACUAUAUACACUAUAUAUGUCCCAAGACUUCAUCAUCA